UUUCCCUCCCGCCCCUUCAACCGCCCCCCCUCCCGGAUGGGGAAAAAAAAAAAGAUGUCAGCUCCUCCGCUGUAGUAUUGCUCCUUAAAAACCCCUCUCUCUGAAAAUGACAUGCCCUCGCAAUGUAACUCCGAACUCGUACGCGGAGCCCUUGGCUGCGCCGGGCGGAGGAGAGCGCUAUAGCCGGAGCGCAGGCAUGUAUAUGCAAUCUGGGAGUGACUUCAACUGCGGGGUGAUGAGGGGCUGCGGGCUCGCGCCCUCGCUCUCCAAGAGGGACGAGGGAAGUAGCCCCAACCUCGCCCUCAACACCUACCCGUCCUACCUCUCGCAGCUGGACUCCUGGGGCGACCCCAAAGCCGCCUACCGCCUGGAACAACCUGUUGGCAGGCCGCUGUCCUCCUGCUCCUACCCACCUAGUGUCAAGGAGGAGAAUGUCUGCUGCAUGUACAGCGCAGAGAAGCGGGCGAAAAGUGGCCCCGAGGCAGCUCUCUACUCCCACCCUCUGCAGGAGUCCUGCCUCGGGGAGCACGAGGUGCCCGUGCCCAGCUUCUAUCGCGCCAGCCCGAGCUACUCCGCGCUGGACAAGCCGCCCCACUGUGCCGGGGCCAACGACUUCGAAGCCCCUUUCGAGCAGCGGGCCAGUCUCAACCCGCGCGCCGAACAUCUGGAGUCUCCCCAGCUCGGGGGUAAAGUGAGUUUCCCUGAGACCCCCAAGUCCGACAGCCAGACCCCCAGUCCCAAUGAGAUCAAGACCGAGCAGAACCUGGCAGGCCCAAAAGGCAGCCCUUUGGAGAGCGAAAAGGAUCGGGCCAAAACCGCCGACUCCAGCCCAGACACCUCCGAUAACGAAGCAAAAGGUCUCUGGCCAGGGCAGUUGUCUGAGGACCCCUCAGCAUGCCCCAGAGCUGUUGCCCCUGACCUCUGCUGCCUGCACAAGCUCCCUGCCUCAGAGGAGAUAAAGGCAGAAAACACCACAGGAAAUUGGCUGACAGCAAAGAGCGGAAGGAAGAAGAGGUGCCCCUAUACUAAACACCAGACGCUGGAAUUGGAGAAAGAAUUUCUGUUCAAUAUGUAUUUGACGCGAGAGCGCCGCCUGGAGAUUAGCAAGACCAUUAACCUUACAGACAGACAAGUCAAAAUCUGGUUUCAAAAUCGCAGAAUGAAACUCAAGAAAAUGAACCGAGAGAAUCGGAUCCGGGAACUGACCUCCAAUUUUAAUUUCACCUGAGCUCGGGGGGCCUCCCCUCCCCCUCCUUUCUCUCCCCCCCACCUUCCUUUCCCCGCCCCUCCUCCCUUUGUGCCUGGUGGUAUAUUUUUUUUUUCCUCCCUGAGUAUAAAUGCAACACGCCUGCAAAAAAGGCAAAGACCUCAGACUCUCCUUCCAAGGGACCUAUGGUUCGUGCUCCGAAGAUGCGUCCACCUAAAGCAUGAGAAAUGGGGUGCUGGGGUGUGGGGUGUGGUGUGCCCACAUAGAUGAGGGUGGGAGUGUGGCUGGUGUGUGUGUCAACCCCUCACUCACGCACGCACUCACACAUAGCAUCCUGUUCUCCAGGCAAAGUUAAGGUCGAAUCCACCCGAUUAUAAGGGGAAAAAAAUCAACCAGAGAAGGUCUGUAAUCUCGCAGAGCACAGACAGAAUCAGAAUCGCUUCUUCCUUGCUGCAUUUCCUCCUUAGAAUAAUAGACGUUUUGGAAAGUUCAGCUAGUGUUUGUGUGUUUGUCGUAGCGUCCAGCGCCUCUGCCAAACCCUCUCUGUGUCUUUACCUCCCAGUCGCUCUGAGAAUCUGCUUGAAGUCUCGUAUAUGUACUGCCUUCUGCUCUUCUCCCAUCCUCCCAGCACCCCUCCAUCCUCCAUCCACUGCCAUCUCAGAAAUUCCAUUCAGAGGAACAAAAAACAAUUUUUAAAUUAAAAAUAGAACAUAGAGAAGCAAAGACAGAAUGCCCCUCCCCCAAAUAUUACCCUGUCCCUGUCUGGGAGUUGUGUUAUUUAAAGAUAUUCUGUAUGUUGUAUCUUUUGCAUGUAGCUUCCUUAAUGGAGAAAAAAAAAUCCUAAUAAAUUUCCAGAAUCGUAAUCCUCAAA